AUGAACUGGCAUGAAAUGCCCGACGGGACGAGGCCACUAAUCCUGCGAAGAGAGAAACACAUUCCAACGUCCGAUACGCCGGAUUUGCCAUGGCACUUGGAUAGCGAUUUUGAAGCAGCCAUCCAAAAGCAUAUCGGCACAAAGUGUGCCCCCUGGGGAAGUGCCUUUCUCAAAACCACGCCAGAAAGCAAGGGCAAAUUUGGGUACAGCAGGGAGCCGAUUUCGGUUAUGGCAGAUGCCCCCCUGGGGCUAGCUGCCAAAAUGAUGGACAACCCUGACAAGGUCAAGGCGUUGUUAAAUGACCUGCCGCAGCCAGAUGGAUGUGAAUGGGUCUAUGAAUUCGCAGAGGAUUCCAGUCUCGCCCGCUGGCAGUGGUUUGACGAUGUUGAGGGCUUUGAGGAGGGCUGUGCGUUUAAAAGGCUUCGCUUGGAUGCGGAUUCGUGUACCAUUAUUUAG